CAAUUUUCACACUAACCCGCGAAUUGUCAAGAAGGUUCAAAAAUUGGGUUUGACUAAUGGAUGCUGACACAGAGAAUAAUGCAUCUGCUUCCAUUGAAGGAGUUAACGCCAAUGAAGUGGAGGCAGAAUCAAAUACUAUCGACUCUCUAGAAGUUUUGUCAUCCAGUGGUAAUGUCACGCAAGAAAUACCAAGUGUCGGGGAGAUUUUAACAAGGCUUGAACUAGACUUAGCAUGUUUCUCUGAGAAACUAGUUAAUUUAGAUCAACUUGUGAUGCAUGUGGAAACAAGAGAAAGUGACUUUGAGGCUUUUGCCUCCGAGAAGGAGCACACUUCAAAUGACAUUGUUGAGAAGGCAAUUGAGUUUGACCUCUUAUCUGGGGUCCUAGAUUCGGAGGUGAGGGAGCUAGGCGGUUUAUUAUCCACUGUUGCAGUGGAGAUUGAGAAUGUGCGGAAGGUCAUAUCUUCACAUGGGCAUGUGGAUGAUGAGGCUUUCAUUUUAAUAGAAGAGAAGUUACAUGACAGUGAAAAAUCCCUCAAGCAGUCGCAGGACAACCUUUUAGAAUUAAGGACGCAAUGUACCAACUUCCAUGGGAUUAUCCUAACCUCCCAGGGGGAUCAAAAUUGGCAAGAUGGAGAGGCAGCGGACUACUUCAACAGUGAUGCUCUUUUAACUCCAAAGACAAAGAUAAAAAUGCAGACUGUUGAACAGCAGAGACACAUUCUGCGGAUGCUGGAGAAGUCUUUGGCCCGAGAGUUAGAUCUUGAGAAGAAGCUUACUGAAUCUAGACAGGUUGAAGAGGAAUUAGAAGUCAGGUUGCAGCAAGAAGCUUUCUGCAUGGAGGAAGAAAUUGAAGAUGCUUGGCAAAGGUUGUUUGAGGGAGAGAAUGCUGCCGAAGUCCUCUUAGGAAUUUCAAAAGCACUACUUGAUCGACUCCAGAUGGCACAUUUUAAUCUGAACGGUACUGUUCAGAGAGAAAGCUGCUUACAAUCUAAACUUCAAGAAAUGGAGGAACAUUUAAAAGCAAAAGAGAACUUACUAGGGAAGUCUGAAAGCAGUUCUAAAGAGCUCGGGGACAAGGUUAAAACUCUUGAAAAACGGUUGGAGGACUCUGAGUUGCAGCUGUCCAAUUAUACAAAGAAAAGUCAGGAGCUAGAAUCCGAGAUCCAUGAAAUGGAAGAUACAAUCCAUACGUUGAAGGAAAAGAAUUCUGAAGCAGAGAGAAGAAUUGAUACAGCAGAAAAUGAGUGUAAUAUAUUGAAAGAAGAAAAUGUGGAACUUGACAAAGAGCUGAACCUCCUGAAAAGCAGUAGUAGUGAGAGAAUAAAUCUGCUUGAAAAGCAGCUGAGGGACUCUGAGCUUCGACUUCAGCAUGCGGUUGCAUCUGGUGAAGCUAGUCAAGAGAAGCAAAUCAUGUUGAAUUCUACAAUCAAAGACAUGGAAGAUUUGAUUGAGGAUCUAAAACUAAAGGUUUCAAAAGCAGAAAGUUUGAUGGAGGGUGCUGAAGAAAAGUGCAUUAUCUUGUCAGAAUCUAACUCAGAUCUCAAUGAAGAAUUAACUUUUGUAAGGGGUAGGUUGGUGUGUUUGGAGGCAUCGUUACGCCAAGCUGAGGAAACGAAGAAGGCAACUGCCCGAGAUAUUAACUUCCGGAGUAAAUUGAUAACAGAUCUAAUUUUGCAAUUGGCUCUUGAAAGAGAGAGACUUGAAAAGCAGAUAGCUUUGCUGAUAAUGGAAAAUAAGGCCCAGAAGAAGCUUUUUCAGCAAAAUGAUGAAGUUCCUUCGCUGUCUCCGCAAAGUGAUGGAAAAGACACCAGGGAAUCCGUGCUUGCCAAGGCUGAGUUUUCUGCUGUAACUUCUCCAAAUGAAUGCAAGGAAAAAAAAUCUAAGUUCACAUCAAUAACUAAGGAGGAGAAUGGUUCUGGAGACUUUUUGAUGAGCGAGUCAAAAGAGGAAACUACUGAUUCUUCAACCAGACUUGAUGCCUCUCGGAACAUAGAUGCAAGGCAGCUUGAUCUCAAGGUUGUCCUUAUUUCAGUUUUCUUGUUUUUGAUAGCCGUACUGGCAUCCGUUUUACUGCAGUAUCAUUGGAGCCAGCGUUUUGGUGAGUGAGUCAAAAGAGGAAAUUACUGAUUUUUGUUACUCAAUCAAGAAACCUGGCAUUAGGCACUUUUCAGAAAUCUUUAGGCGCAUCCAGUUCAUAUGAUGAAUGUAAUUUUGAAGCCCGGAAGAGAAGAGGCUGGAACUCGCUCCUCAAAACUUACGACUUUUUCCCCUCUUCUGACUAAAUAGCAGUUUCUUACACAUGCAUAGUUUUGCCCCUCAGAUUUUGUCCGCUUUACAAAUUAGCUUUCGGUAGAAUUUGGAAGUACAAACAGUGGCUCAGUCAUCCAACAGAAAACUACACAAGAAGGGAAAAAUCGCUCUAUGGAAGCGGGCUCCGUGGCCUUCACCAUCCAUGCAUGGAACUUGUGAGGUGUCUCAUGUUUUACUUUUCAAAUCAUCUGUUUGUAGGCAGAAUCUGCUAAUGCCUUCUUGGUACUGUUUUGAUACUAAGAGAUGAAGGCGAGUAGGCUCUACUUUUAAGAGUUUUAACAGUAGUCCAGGAAGCAUACACUUCUUGUACCCAUUUAAUGGCUUCUUGUUCAUUUC